GAGAUGGCGAAACCAAUUUAUCCGUUUUUUAGGAUUUUCAGGACGAAAAAUAUUUAUAUUAGAGAAUUUUUAGCCGAAUUCCUCGGAACGUUCGUCCUAAUUUUAUUUGGUGAUGCUGCUUUUGCUCAGGAUGUCUUAGCAGGAGGCGGAGUAAAAGAUGUCUUCGCUAUUGUUUUCGGCUGGGGAGUGGGAGUUAUGUUGGGAGUGGCAAUUGCAGGAGGAGUUACAGGAGGCCAUCUAAAUCCUGCCGUGAGUUUUGCUUUGGCAACUGUGAAGAAACUUUCCUGGAAGAAAGUUCCUAUUUAUAUUUUAGCCCAACAUCUUGGAGGCUUUGUGGCUUCUGCUGUCUUGUUUGCGACAUAUUAUGAGGGCGUUGCUCAUUUGGAUGGUGGAACAAGACAGGUUAUUGGUCAAAAUGCAACUGCACUCAUAUGGGCAACUUAUCCCAAACCAUUUGUAUCUAUUGGAACUUGUUUUCUCAAUGAGGUCGUCGGCACAGGCCUUCUGACAAUGACAGCAGUUGCUAUUAUCGACAAAAAGAACUUAAACUUUGAUGCAACAGGUAUUGCAGUACUGUUGGGAUUUAUGAUUACUGCAGUAGCGAUGUGCUUUGGUUUCAAUAAUAUGGCACCGUUGAAUCCGGCAAGAGAUUUUCCGACAAGAUUAUUUACGGCCAUAGCCGGUUACGGAGCAGAACCAUUCACACAUCGGAAUUAUUGGUGGGUCGGAAUCGUAGGGCCGCACGUAGGUGGCGUCAUCGGCGUCUUUAUAUACUAUCUGUGUGUCGAAUUACAUUGGCCAGACGAUAAACCGGAAGACCACUUUGAUGAAGAACUCAAAACUAGAAAAGAUGAGGAACUGGCUUACAUUGUAAACCAAGAUCACGUCAACAAUCAUGCAAAAGGACAAGAUGAUGGAACGGAUGGGGUUAAAGCUAAUAUUGAAAGUAAGGACCAGUCGCCUAGGGAUUAAACGUGCGCUUCAAACCAAGAAAUCGCUGUCGGUAUAAUUGUGGUGAACGAGACUUCUCCGCUGGCAGAAACAUGAAGACGAAGCAGUUUAAACGUAGCGUGCUCUUGGCUAUCAAUGUUUUAUGCUUUUUUUUUUAUACAAAAGAAAACAAAACAAAAAAGUAUAUAUAUAUUUAGUAAGUUUUAAUGAUAUAAAAGAAUAUAUUAUAUAUAUACAUAUAUAUUUAAAAAAAAUACAUUAUACACUAAAUACUUUGCUUAAAAUUGUUCUUUUAAGUAUUUUUAAACAAAUAUAUUGCUUUAUAUUAUACAUGUGAACUGUUUUAAAGACUCUACUGGUGCAAAACUUCAUGUUUAAAGUUACAAAAUGAUGCCAAAUUUAAUGUUUUAGUAGUGUGCGGGAUGGCUCCAUCCUCUUUACAAGACAAAAACUGCAUUUUUCUAUCAGGAAAAGAAGGGUUUUUAAUUAAUGAAGUGUGAUUUAUAAAAUAUAUUUCAAACUUUUAUUAAUUAGAGAAAUGUGCAUACAUAUACAUGUAUGCAAAUUAGCAACAUUAAUUGCACUCUUUUUAAUCAACAUUAAAAUAAACUUGCUGUUAAAGAUCUGUAAUUGGUAUAUAUGUAUGUGAUAUAGUUGGUAUUUUUAAUUAUUUUUGAAUAAAUUUGUUACGUAUAAGCCAUUGUCAUGUU